AUGUGUUUUGGCAGCAAACUUAAGGGCGAGGACCCCUCGUCAAGAUUGAACAACGACUACAACUCUCGUCCUGUCGAUGCCAAACCUACACAACCAACAUCCAGCAGAAUGCCUCAGAAUAACUAUGCCCCUCCACCAGGACCUCCACCCUCUCAUCAACAGAGUCAAAAUGUCUACAAUCCACCCCCAGGACCUCCUCCAAAUCAGCAAUAUACCCCGCCAUCCGGCCCCCCUCUAUCACAACAACCACAAUACGAUUACUCCUACGUAAAGCCACCCGAUGGCCCACCCCCAAAACAAGAACCAUAUCAUGACUGGGAAAUCGCCGUCCCAGAUACCUCUCUCCUCCCACCACCUCCCUCAAUGGGCAACCAACGCAGCGCAACCAACAACGCCACAGAAGCAGAAGCCGAGCAAGGCGAAGCAUGGUGCGCCCAGAACCCCUUUACACCCCCCCUGACGCUGCCAAUUGAGCUGCUCCAAGCCCUCGACCGAGGCGACGUCGGUGUCGUGAUCCCACGGGGCUACAAAGGCACUCUCACUCGCACAAGACCCGGCGUCUGGGCGGGGAAUACGAAGAGUGGUAGUCCAGACACGACCAUCUCAUCUGCGAACCCGGUCUACUCAGUCAUAGCACACUCUCCUUUCAACACCGGGAGACCGCGAACGAUCUACUACGAAGUGCGAAUUGGAAGGCGGAACCGACCUGAAGUCUCCCUAGCACUGGGCUACGCCGCGCCUCCGUACCCAACCUUCCGGCUCCCAGGCUGGCACCGGGGAUGUCUCGCUGUUCAUGGAGACGAUGGGAGUAAAUUCAUCAACGAUAGAUGGGGCGGGAAGAAUUUCACGACGCCGUUUAAACCGGGUGAGACGAUUGGGUUGGGGAUGACGUUCACGGGCAUCGAUCCUAAUGCGCCUCCUUCGUACGGACCUGUGCAAACCACUGCGUCUGCGCCGAUGAAUGUGGAGGUCUUCUUGACGCGGGAUGGGCGACGGGUGGAUGGGUGGAAUCUGCAUGAGGAGGGGGACGCGCAGGAGGAUUUACCCGUCACUGGGUUGGAGGGAUUGAAUGAUCUCUAUGCUGCCGUGGGGACCUUUGAGAGUGUGGAGUUUGAGAUUAUAUUUAGUCCGGGGGAGUGGAUGUAUCGGCCUACAUAG